UUGGCUGACCAUAUUGUAUGCAGGGUUGUGCGGCUGCCUUUCUACUGCCUUCAGUAUCAACAUUUCUUAACUAUCAAGCUCCGUUGACUUAAGUAUUAAUUCACUUGGACGAUCGCCCUGAUUCCUUGAGACAAACUGUCCAGUACGGAACGUGUUUACAAUUAUGUCUGUGUUGAAUCUCGGCUUUAACGCAUUCGUUCCCAGGAAAAGGCUGUAACGUGCGUUAUAGGACAUCCCGCUGAGUGGAGUUCACUUUCGCAGGAUGUCUACCUGUCGGUGAGACAGACCUCACUUUGAAGUUAAGGGCACUUUCGCUUGUGGUCAGCCGAUGCGGAGUACUGUCCACUCACCAGGUAUCACUGACCGUAGUGGUAGCAGUCAAGCUUCUAUUUUAUAUUCAUCCUCCAGUGUUAUUUGACCGUGACCCUGGCUGGCAGAGUCCCACUUGACGCAUAAAUCACGUCCCGACGCUCGGUCCAACGCUAGCGAGCUUGCGGGCUUAUCUGCCAUACUUAUGUAUUGUAUAUGAAUCGCGUCGCGGGGCCUGUCGCCCAGUGGGGAUACGAGAGCCACGCGGACAUCAGGUACUUUGACAUCACCAUCUUCUCCAUCCACCUGGCAGUCACUGACACUGGAUUGUACAGGGCUACAUAAGGAGACCAACACACACACAGUAAAGACGAUCUGAAGUGCAGACGGUUUCUUUCCGAAUAUGGGUCAAGUUUUGUCCCGAAAACGGUCGGCUUCUGCCAACAUUACAGCGCACAAAAGCGACGACGUGACGGCUAACAGCAAUGGCGACGUCGUCAAAGCGGAGGCCAACGGUUCCGCAAUCCAGUCGACGGGAAUUGAAUCAAAAGUAGAGGUGACAGAGACAGAUGCAGCACCAGUUAAAGAGAAGAAGAAGAGGAGAAGAUUCUUCUUUAGCCUCAAGCGCACACGUCCGGGAAGCGGGCGAAAAAAGAAGGCGAAGAAAGACCGAAAUGGGCAAGUCAACGCAGACACCUCCGGCAACAGCAGCAAGAGUGGUAAUAGAAUCAGUUUGUUUAUGGACGAGUUUCAGAUACCGGAAGAUGAUGGUAUUGAUUCAGUCAGCCUGUCCUCAAACGAAGAGAAAGAUAACAAGAAGAGGAAAGAUAGUGGUGUUGCCAUCAGGCGAAGCAAGCGAAACUCCAACAGUAAAAAUGGAAAGAAAAAGAAAAAGAAGUCGGAGAAGAAGAAGGAAGAAAAGUCCAAGAAGAAGAAAAAUUCCAAAGAUGAGGGCAAGAGCAACGUUGUCGUGGCUGCUGCUGACGGAUCCUUGAACAUCAGCAAGAGUGUAGAACCACUCCACGAAUCUGUUGAAGCUGCCACAGAUGAAGCUAAAGUAUUAGCGUUGUCGGAGGAGAAUGGUACCCAGGUUCUGACAUCAGACAAUGCCGUUGAGGAAGAUUUGGUAGCGGCUGUGACAGCUGUAAUGGAUUCCAACGUGUCUGAAGGUAAGAUGGAAGCUGAACCAUCAGCAGAAGAAAUUGUAGCACCGACGACGGCUACAGAAGUGGCAUCAGCUCCUUCUACUGAAAAGGUGUCGGUCACGGAAGAGGGACGAGAACGAGCUCUCAAAACCAUUGUUGAAAGUUCUGCACAGGAAGAGAUAAUUCAGUCCGUCGAGGCGACAGUGCAAGAAGCUGCACCUAGCACAGAAACAUCUGACGGAGUCGCACCUUCAUCUUCAGUAGCCGAGGUUGACCAACAGCCUGUUAGUCCUGUCGUAUCAAACGCUGGUGACAAUGGUGUCUUGAAGCGUGUGUCACUGGGACCAAGACUAAAAACAGCAAUUUUGAAGAAAUAUAGCGGUGCUGGAGAUGCACCACCGGAGACCAGAGUUACUUUGACUAAACCCAAAAUUGUGGAAGUAACUGAUCUAGUGCCUCCUCCCAGGAAAAACAGACCUCGACGCACACUGUCGCAGACGGCGAGCACUACUUCUAGCAGUGAUCUUAACACUAGUAGCAGUCUAAGUCCGUCUUCACCUCAGACGGAUGAUGACACAACAGUUGUUCCGGAAAAAUCGGAUGUGGGAUCAGUUGUUGCACAAACACUCCAGGCAAGCAGUGAUCUAAAAACUAACGUCAGUAGCGACGUAGAUCCUUCAGCAUCCACCAUGGACAAGGGCAAGGACACUGAAGUUUCCUCAUCAGAAAGGUUGGAUGUGGGAUCAGUUGUUGCACAGACACUUCUGUCCAGCUGUGAUCUGAAUACGAACGCCAGUAGCGACGUAGAUCCUUCAGCAUCCACCAUGGACAAGGGCAAGGACACUGAAGUUUCCUCAUCAGAAAGGUUGGAUGUGGGAUCAGUUGUUGCACAGACACUUCUGUCCAGCUGUGAUCUGAAUACGAACGCCAGUAGCGAUGUAGAUCCUUCAGCAUCCACCAUAGACAAGGGCAAGGACACUGAAGUUUCCUCAUCAGAAAGGUUGGAUGUGGAAUCAGUUGUUGCACAAACACUCCUCUCCAGCUAUGAUCUGAAUACGAACGCCAGUAGCGACGUAGAUCCUUCAGCAUCCACCAUGGACAAGGACAAGGACACUGAAGUUUCCUCAUCAGAAAGGUUGGAUGUGGAAUCAGUUGUUGCACAAACACUCCUCUCCAGCUGUGAUCUGAAUACGAACGCCAGUAGCGACGUAGAUCCGUCAGCAUCCACCAUAGACAAGGACAAGGACACCACCGUUACCUCGUUAGAACAGUUGGAUGGAGAAUCAAUUGUUGCACAAACGGUCGAGGCCAGUGAUCUGAACACUAACGUCAGUAGCGACAUAGAUUCAUCAGCAACUGCUACAGACAAGGAUACAGCUAACACCGUUGAGAAGUCUGGCAUUGAACCAACUGUUGAACAGGAACUCCAGUCCAGCAGUGAAUGCAGUAGCCACGUUGAUCCUCCUUCACUUAGGGCAGAUGAGGAUAUACAAGGUAUUUCCCAAGGAAAGACAGAAUCAGGCUUGACCUCAACGGUCGUCAAUAUCGUCGAAUCCCAAAUUACUUCAGCCCCUGACAUUGAGGUAACAGGUGGCGAUGGGAGUACAGUUAAUGUUGCUCUUGGGUCGGUUCUCAAUGCAGAUACUCAGUGUGUGAUAACCGAAACUGUGUUAGCUCCUCUUGAAGCAUCAGUUACUCUUGUAGAGAACGAGGAUGAAUCUCCUGUUAAAGCCAUUCCGCUCUCUGAUGCAGAAUAUAGAGAUGGAGCUGGUUCAGAAGUCGUACCUAGCACGACACUUGCUGACCAGACUGAGACAGCUGUCGAUGAUAUGGGGACAAACACAGCUUCACUCUGCUUUGAGCCAACUCCAAAAGAAGAGCCUUCAGUAGAUACAAGUGUAACAGAGCAAGUAACAUCUCGAGAGCGCGCAGAGGUUGUGGAAGAAAGUGUGGCGUCCCAGUCGGAAGGUAUGGUUGAAAGUGUACAACCAGAUGCUCUUAAAGAAGAGUGUAUUUUAAAUGAUAUUGAGAUUUACGUCGAACCUACGAAAACAUUUGAGACUGAACCCGAAAAGCCAGAUACAAACACUGAACCAGUUAUCGUGAUAGAGAGGAUUCACACUGAACCUUAUUACGGACCUCUUCCUGGCAGUGAGGAUGGUCAAAAUGAUGACACUGGGAGUGACGGUGUGGCGGACGUCACUGAUGCAACCAAACAGAAAUUCUCCCGCGAGACUGGAGAGGUUUGCAAAGAAUGUGUUUGUGAGGAUGAAGUUCCAAUGAAUGCAGAUGAAGAAAUUGCUGAAGUUACGGAAGUAGACGAAGUCGCUAUAGUUGUCGAGAAAGUCAUGAAAGUAUCAUCAGAGACUGAAUCAGCCCUAAGUGAUCAUCAGUGCGUUAGUGCGACUGCUGAAACGCCCACUGAAGAGAGGCAAGAGGAAAGUUCGACAAAUAAGGACAGUACUGGUCUGCACGCGGAAGACCAUGACGAAAGCUCCAGCACAACAACCGACAGUACGAUUGUUGACGAGGAUGAACACGACAGGACUAUUGUUGAAGAAAAGAACGUAGCUAAAGAACCUGAAAACGAACACGCUUCAAAUGAACGCAAACCUGCAAUAUGCAAUGGUGACUCUAAUGGACUCACUCAUGAGAGUGGCAGUGAUUCUAGCUCCAGUGUGACAACUGAAACCUCCCGAGGUCAGGAGGAAUGUACAGACACUGCUGUCGCCCAUGAAGGCGACAGGAAAGUUGUGGUAGACUGUAACGAUGAGCAUAUUGAGACAUUGGUUGGCAAAGUUAAUAGUGAGCACGAUUCUUCAAGCCAGAGCGACAGAGAUCUGAGUGACAAUAAUAACAGUAAAAUCAUCAUCUCGUCAGAACAAGAGAAUAUCAUUGAGACCAUCCAGAAAGUAUCGGAUCCCGUGAACCUAGUCUUGUCCGAUAAUUACACGUCAACUGCAGCUGCCGAGACGGUGGCUGGGGAGUGAAGUCGACGCAUCUACUGUCACGUGACCACACAAACAGGCAGCAGGGGACCCUCCAUCUACAGGGAGGAGAGACAAGAUGGGGUGGACAACGGAGGGAAAUAUCGCCUGCGGAUAUGCUGAGCGCAUACAUAUUUCACAACAGCGCCUAGUGUUUAAAAUAACACGCAUUUAGGCCGAGGAAAGCAUAAGAUAUACAUGUAUUUGUUAUACAGCCACGGUGCUGGUACUGCUAUUUACAAACGGCCACUGAUGUUGAGUUCCAUCUCCGAUAGAUAUAUACCUAAUUGCGUGUAUGGGCGUGUGUGUGCACGCCCAUGUGUUCGUCAGAUGUAGAGUUCACAUGAAGCUCUGUAUAGUGCUCAUUCACGACGACGGUGGCCAGAUGAGGACUUCCAUCAUUGUACAUGUUAACGUGCGGUUAUAUGGAUCCCAAAUCCUGUGAUCCGAAACUUGCAAUUUUCUAUAUGUAAACGUAAUAUGAACAAUCGUUCCAAUGUGCAAAUUAUUAUUUAUGAAUAACGUAUUUAAUACCAAAGAGAUUUUGUAGCCUGCAAUAUGUUUUGAUAUGUUAUAUUUCGUGUUGUUAAAUGAAACGGUUGUGUAUUGGAAACUUAAGUUCCAAAACUGAAUGGAUAGUCUUCAAAUUUCAGAUGAAGCUGAAAGGAGAACAUAUUCCAAUUAAUGAAACAAUACAUCUAGCUACUGCAUGUUUUUUCCUGCAUGCUGAGUACGACACAUGUAUAUGGAAUAUACGUUUUAUACCAUGGUAUGUUUAAUAUACAUAAUCAUAUCUACCACCGAAUACUUAGGGUCAAUGUACGUCACCAUGUUCUAGUACAGCACCUCAGUAACCUCAGUGAUGGGAUUCAGUAUACACGCAUAUAUAACAAGGUAACUCGGUUGUGAUAAAAUUAAAUAACGCCAAGAACACCGAACAAUCUGUCCAAGUUUCACCUACAUGUGAAUAAACUUGUUUUUUCUUUGUUCCUCCCGACAGCCUCAGCCCGCGAUGGAUCAGAUGUGAAUGUGUCAAGUAAUAGUGUAAUUUUAUUGUUUACACUGCGGAAAUACUUAAGGUUCAUUUGAAUAUUUUCUUUUCCUAAAGGCAGCUAAGUCUACAAGCUUAUACACUCAAUGAGCAUUUUCCGAACAUCACUCUUCAUGUAACGACUUGUAGCUAGGUCGUGGGGUUGCAAUUCUAACCAAAAUUAAUAGCAAUAUUGUUUUCCAUGUGCGACGAUGUUGUUAGCACUCCCACCGGUAUAUCUAACGUGGCUUGGCGAAAUUCAUCCAUAUAUCUAUAUCAUGUACUCAAUGGUAUAAUUUUGCUACAUUCCAUAUUUGCUACCACGAACUCGAGAAGGGAGAUAACCACUGUCAUUAUUCCUGCCUAGAGAACACAUUACGGGUCCACAAAGCAUUAUCACGAUACUCGAAUACUACUUAACGAAAUACCAGGUUCGAUUAUUUGUUAUAUGUAUAUUAUUAUUAUUAUUGUACAUACUAUGUAUAUUAAUCGAUCAUGUUUACAUCGAUUAUUAUUAUAUUUUGUUAACGAUAAAAUAUAUUGGAAUAAAAUAAUGUAAGCAAA